AUGCCCCGCGUCGGUGGAGACGGGGGCGGCGGGCCAGAGAAGGCAGGGGGGAGCGGGUUCGGAGGAUGGCUCGGGGGUGCAGCGAGAGCCAUGACUGGGGCAACUGUCGGUGGCGGAUACGUCGUUUUGGGCGGCACCAGAUACGGUCUCCGACUUUCUCAGGAAAGCUUACCGCCGUCAAACUCGCGGGAGGAGACCCAAGAGAGAAGACGGAAGAGGAACUCCCGGGAGAACGAGUCGCGGGAAAGGCUGACGGAGAAGACCCUGGAGAAUCCGGUGCUCGAUCUGAGCUCGAGCAUCGCAGAUUGCUGUUGCAUCGGUCCACGUUCCCGUCUACCGUUGCCCCGUAUCCCGCCGUCGACAACGGCGAACACGUACUCGUUGUCGUCGACGACGUGCGGUGCCGUCGCAGGCGGAGGAGGUGUAGGUGGAGCUGGAGCUGGCGUUGGAGGAGUAAGCGGCGGUGGUGGUGGACAGGCUCCGUUUCCUGGGCCUCCCACGUCUUCGAACAGCCGUGCUGCCGGCAUGGAACAGCCGGCGACGCUGACGACGCCAACGACGUCGGCGCAACCGUUGGUGAACUCUAAUAAUAACCGAGGGAUGCUGCAAACGUCGCUCGGGAACAGCACUGGCCAGCACCAUCAACCACAAUCGUCCGCUACUCUAACGGCGGCGGUACCGUCGGCCACGUCGCCAUCCUCUUCGACGUCGUCGUGCAACACGUCGACCGCCGUUCCGACGUUGCAGUCCGUCUCGGUGCCGCGGCAGCUCGCGCAGUGGACCAAGCAUCAGACCCUAAAGCUGCAGGAACCCGCAGUGAUAGCGGUGGACCGAUUGCACAGGUUCCGGUGGAGCGGGGGCGGAGGAGGAAGCGGCAAGAAGUCCUCUUCCGGCCCCCGGAGCGAAAAGGCCGAGCGCCUUCGAGAGCUCACCGAAAAACUCAAGGGACCGGCGCCGGUGCCACCACCCAGAAGACCAUCACGGGUCCAAGCAUCCUCUCCACCACCGAGUGGAUACUUGCCAACCCCGCAAAACUAUCCACAGGCAACCAAUCAAGGAUGCGGUCGCUGCGACGGUCGUCCAACCUGUCGCAGUUACACGUACAGCGAGGGCGGCGUUCACGGAACGAACAACCAGUAUCCCCAGCAGCAUCACCUGAAGACGAUCGGCCGGAGUGACAGUGUCGGUGACGAGUGUUACAGUGAGCCCGGUAAAGAUGCGUGCAGGAAGACCUGUCCCGAUCCAAGGAGAUCCACGCGAUCGGGCAGGCAACACGAUCGGAGCAGUGGUGACGUAAGUGAUAUCAAAAACGAGCUGAACGCCAGUGCGGACGCGGUAAAACACCUGAGACAGUACAGUGAUUCGGUGGUGGAUAGUGGUACGUGUGUGGACGAUUUGUGUGACAAUUUGAACGCCGCCUCGAGCGGAAACGAAGGCGAGGCCAGGGACGCGAUCACCAGGCUGGAACCGAGAGGACCUCUUCUUACCUUCCAUAGGGCUGGUGCGCCCUUCAGGAGCGCGUCGUUUGGACAGGUGGACUUCAAUCAAGCGAAUCGAACAAAGGCUCAACCAAUAGCCACGUCGAAUCGCAACGAGAGCAAGGAUGUUCGCGCGAGCACGUUACCACGAAGACGAGGGGACAUCAGCCCGGUCGUCUCGACGCCGCAGAACAGCCCGAAUCGUCAGAGUCCGCGAACAUCGACGCCCAGCGUUGACAGCGCCGUCGGCUCCGCGGAAGGCCUGGGCGUGCCUCAGACCGGAAAUCUCGAGGAGAUCCGUCCGCGGAGCGAUGGUUCCGACAGUCUUGCCACUUCCAGUGCCCUCACCAGCCCGGAACCACCAGUACCCGAGAUCCACGAGCCGAGGGUCGAUCUGGUGCAACCGGAUGCUCGUCCGAUCGAGAUCGUCGCUUCGGAGCCAGCCUUCCCGAUUGUCGAGAACUCGGCGAUCGAGGAGACCGUGCAGAAAGAAAAUAGGAUAGAACCUCACGAGGUGAUAAUAACACCGCCGCCGGAGGAGCCACGGCUGAGCCAGGCGAGCGAGGGUAGCGAGGCGGCGAGCGAGGCACCCUCAGAGGCCUCCUCGCCGUCGGGUAAGACGAGAAGGUACCGGGGAGACACCAGCAAACGGAGAAAGGGCGUGUACAUAACCCAAUGGCCGGAGCCCUUGGACACCGACAGGAACAAGCUGUCGGCCCAGAGCAGCGAGGAAAGAGACGAGCCACCUGCGACGCCCAGCGACCUCUCCGACUGCGAGGGCCACACGCCUAGAAGAUACAGCAAGAGACCUCUUCGUGGUCCAUACGGGCAAAUGCUCGAGGCCGAAAUGGCGAAGCCGCGUACUACCGAUAUCGCCCUCGAAGAAGGUCUUCGUCCCCGUAGAAAAGUUUCCGCGAAUCUCUCGUACAAUACAAGCGCGAACAACAGCGGUUCCGAGCCGCCCACGCCAUGCCAUCAUAGAACAACCUCCAGCCCGAGCAAACUCGAGGGUCUUCCGGGACCAAGUCCCGAACUCCUCGCUGAACUACUUCGAGGAUCUUCGGAGAGGGUGGCUCGAGCGCCGGUGCAUCGAAACGACACCAGAACUCAUGUCGUCGUAGAACUUUACGACACUGAGCGAUCGUACGUGGAGGCACUGCAAAUACUAGUCAAUAAAUACCUACAACCAUUGAAGAGUUCCGAAAAUGCCGGUUUGGUGGAUGCAGCGACGGUGGAUGAAAUCUUCUAUCAGAUUCCCUCUAUCCUCAAUCAUCACGAAGUAUUUCUGGAGGAGCUGCGUAAAAGACUCGAUACCUGGGAAAUUAAGCAGACAAUUGGCGAUGUCUUCCUUGAUGUGUUCAGGAAGCCAGUCGUCUUGGAGACGUACACCCUCUUCCUUGAUAAUUGGAAGUCCGCGAGGAAGGCGAUAAAAACGACCUGUCAAGCGAAACCGGCUUUCGCGCGAUUCCUCGAGACAAUGGAACGAGAACACAAAGGAAAACUUGGUCUGGAUCAGUUGCUGAUCAAGCCUGUGCAGAAGAUACCCCGUUACGAGUUGCUGAUCCAAAGACUGUUGAAACACACCGAUACGUCGCAUCCGGACUUCGAGCUACUCCAAGCCGCUCGGAACGAGGUGCACGAAUUGGUUGUGAAGAUCAAUUGCACAGAAAGGGAGUCCCUCGAGUGGGAGCAACAGCAGACUACUUUAAGGGAGGUUCAGUCACUCGUCGAAGGACUUGCUGGCAUCGUUACGAACGACAGGGCAUUCGUCCGCCACGAUCUGGUCACCAUUGCCUCGAACCAGGGAACAAGAAAAGAACGGGCGUUGUUCCUCUUUUCCGAUCUGCUCGUGAUCACUAGUAUCAAGAGGAGAAGCGGGACCAUCAGAAAACCGUCGACAAGUUCCUGCCCGAACAGUCUGGUCGGCCUACUGGAAGCAAAUAAGUACAAAAUGUUAAUGAGAAUACCACUGGACGACCUAGAAGUUAUGAAAGCCAAAGAUGAAAAUUUAAGACGAAUGGCUCGCGAGGUAGACCAUCUUCGGGAAGACUGCGCGACAUUGACACAACUUCAGGAACUUGCGUCAACGUUACACGGCGCGAAACAGCAACUGGAGGAUCUCAUCAAGGAUAUGCUGGGCCAGGCGCAACGUCAAUUAGCCGAGAGGAAUGCAGCACAUUCACAAUUGGCUUGCUUGGAAUUAACGCUGAAUACUCAAGCCGGGAUCGAGAAUGUCUCCGUCAUGUUCACGAAACCGGACAAGAGAGCCAGCUGGGAGGAGAGCUUCAACGAGGCGAAACAGAAGUUGGCGUUGUCCGCUGAUAGGAGGCCAUGUCCAGAAUUUGUGGGUCCUCUGCCGAUUCGAAAGACCCGAGCGGGGUUGCAAUUCACUUGCGCAGCACCAACGUUGACCAACGGACAGGGCUCCAGGGAUGUCUGGGUGUGCAACAGCGACGGUUACGUCGGUCAAGUCUGCGUGCUGAGUUUGACCCCAGAACCGCCUCAGGUCACCUCCUGCAACGGUGUUUGCAACGCGAGGAUCCUGUGCGUCGCGGGAAUCCCAGCUUGCACGCAGAGAUCGAAUUCGUGCGUGACUAACAACACUUCGUACGCGAACAGUAAGAGCGGCAUUAGCAUAUCGGUCCAGGAUGUCGAUGCCAGUGGCGGGAACAUACAGUUAGAUAGUAGCUCGAGCUCCGAGGACUCGGACUCGGACGACAUUCCAUGUGCAGAUACGGGUAGCCUGACUUUGGGCGGCGACGUCCCGAGUAUCGACAGUUCGGCGACGGAGGAGGACACCAAUCAACCGACUAUGUGGCUGGGAACCGAAGACGGAUGUGUACACGUUUAUAAUUGUAACGACAACAUCAGAAUAAAGAAGAAUAAAGUAAAGUUACAGCACAAUAGCAGCGUGCAUAGCAUCAUAUACUUGGAUAAUAAAGUGUUCGUGUCCCUUGCUAAUGGAGACAUCACUGUUUACGCUCGAGAUCACCUGGGUGCCUGGAACACACCAGAUCCAACAACUGUACCGGUGGGCACAGCCUCGUCUCCAAUAACAAGGAUGCUUCCGGUAUCCGGGAAACUUUGGUGUGGCUGUCACAACUCCGUGAAAAUUCUGAACACCCUUACGUUGGAUAUCGAGCACACGUUCGCAGUGAGCAACGACACGUCCAUGUCGGUUUCCUGUAUGGCGAGUUCCGGUGGUCUCGGUGUCUGGAUCUCUUUGCAUAACAGCGCCGUGCUGCGACUGUUUCAUUCGAGCAGUUACGAGUGCUUGACGGACAUUAAUAUAGCGCCGGCUGUCACCAAAAUGCUUACCAGUUGCGAUGACAUAAUACGACAGCACAAGGCCGCCUGUCUCAGGGUCACCGCACUGUUGGCUUGCAACGAGCUGCUUUGGAUCGGCACAAGCGCCGGUGUGCUAUUGACCGUGCCAAUUCCCCAUAUAAAGCCAUCCACUCAGAGGAUGUCCCAGCCGCCGAUCGUAACCGGUAUUCCCCAUGGGCACACCGGCCACGUACGUUUCCUGACGUGUGUCGAAACGACGACACCAUCGAAGCCGAAUCCACGUCCGAAAGUGAAUCGAUAUUCUUUGAAAUCGAGCAAGAACCCACAGAAUAAUAUCAAUCGCGGGAAACUUCUCGUGAUAUCUGGUGGCGAUGGUUACGAGGACUUCAGAGGACCUCAGGCUUCCGCCGAGCUGCAGGCUGGUCGCGAAGACUCGACCAAUCAUCUGCUGCUUUGGAAAGUGUGAUGUGACCUAGAACGGCCCUCGGUAAGGGUCGAAAUUCACACACGUCGGCAUGACACGCCGUGGGAAUCGUUGUCACGUGUACAGUCGACACGUGGUCGGGUCCGACACCGUCCGAUCGUGACUGUUCAGGACGUGUCCGCCCGGCGAUUUUUCAGGGAACGCGGGAAGGUUCUCUGGCUCGUUUUGGCCGAGUGGAUCAAAAACAGAAUA